AAAUUUUAAUUUUAAUUUACAACACCCACACACAGAUAAAGCUCUCGAGGACCAAAAAUGAAGCGCCUCUCACUAAUCUUCCUCAUGUGUAUGAUCCUUCAACAGGUCCAAGCAGAUCUGAGCACUGCAACUUCAGGGAACCUCAACAAAAGCUUCGCCGCCGCCGCGUGCGAUGGCUCCGCCGACUGCCUCAUCGGCAAUGAAGUCGGCGACGACGCCGAGUUCCUGAUGAAUUCUCAUGUAGCCAGGAUGCUUCUCGAUGCCAGCAAGUUAGUCACCGCGAGAACACCGAACAGUAAUCAGGCUUCUGUGGAUUGCCCUAUGAAACAAGGAUACCGAACCUGCCUUCCCUCUGCAAAUGGAGGAGCUCCGAAACAAAAAUGCGGUGAUUACACUCGAAAUUGCUGAGAAUUACUCAGUUUCUUCCGAUCGAUUUAUGAUUUUAUGUUUAAUUGUGGUGUGAAGAUGUUUGUUUCUAUGUUUUAAUCCGUUUGACUUCCCCUGUAUAUCUGUUUCUGGGUUUGUCCCUCUUUGUUUAUCGUAAUAAAGAAUAACUGUGAAUUGUAUCUGUAAAACAAAAUGAUGAGAUUCUGAUUAAAAUAGGUAAUUUCUGUCGCAAA